GAUUCCUGCAGGGAGGGAGGAGAGAAGGGCGGCAGUGGGAGGGGGAGGUACCUGAACUGGGAGUGAUGUCAGCUCCCAGCUCGGUGCCUGCCCGGAUUCCUGACAUGGUGUAGUGCAGGCAGGGUGGGGAAGGGACGGGGAAGGACUCGUGUGCUGCGAGCCGGCGGACGGGCCGGAGUGCUGGGGCUUUGAACUCCAAGAGGAGGUGGACGAGAACUUUUGGAACUAGUGCCGGCGGCUCUCCACCCCCCAGUAUAAAAGAACGUGUGGAUCAGUUUGCUAAGUACAUCCAAGAUUUGAAGAACUGAAAUAAAUCGGCAUUAAACCUGCUUUUUAAAAACAUCUAGGUUGGAAUUUGCCCCUGACAAAUAAGAAAAUGAUGAGUGAUGCAAGCGAUAUGUUGGCUGCGGCAUUGGAGCAGAUGGAUGGUAUCAUAGCAGGUUCUAAGGCCCUGGAAUAUUCCAAUGGGAUUUUUGAUUGCCAAUCUCCCACCUCUCCAUUCAUGGGAAGUUUGCGAGCUCUGCACCUUGUGGAAGACCUGCGUGGAUUGUUAGAGAUGAUGGAAACAGAUGAGAAAGAAGGUUUGAGAUGCCAGAUCCCAGAUUCAACAGCAGAAACGCUUAUUGAAUGGCUUCAGAGUCAAAUGACAAAUGGACACCUACCUGGGAAUGGAGAUGUGUAUCAAGAAAGGUUGGCACGUUUAGAAAAUGAUAAAGAAUCCCUCGUUCUUCAGGUAAGUGUGUUAACAGACCAGGUGGAGGCUCAGGGAGAGAAGAUUCGAGAUUUGGAGUUUUGUCUUGAAGAGCACAGAGAGAAGUUGAAUGCCACAGAAGAAAUGCUACAGCAGGAGCUUCUAAGUAGGACAUCCUUAGAAACUCAGAAGUUGGAUCUGAUGGCUGAAAUAUCUAACUUGAAGUUGAAACUGACGGCUGUAGAGAAGGACAGAUUGGAUUAUGAAGAUAAGUUCAGAGACACAGAGGGACUGAUUCAGGAGAUCAAUGAUUUGAGGUUAAAAGUCAGUGAAAUGGACAGUGAGAGACUUCAGUAUGAAAAAAAGCUUAAAUCAACCAAAGAUGAACUGGCAUCUUUAAAAGAACAACUAGAAGAAAAGGAAUCUGAAGUAAAAAGGCUACAAGAAAAAUUGGUUUGCAAGAUGAAAGGAGAAGGGGUUGAAAUUGUUGAUAGAGAUGAAAAUUUUAAAAAGAAGCUCAAAGAAAAAAACAUCGAAGUACAAAAAAUGAAGAAAGCUGUGGAGUCUUUGAUGGCAGCAAAUGAAGAAAAGGAUCGAAAAAUAGAAGAUCUUCGACAGUGCCUGAACAGGUACAAGAAAAUGCAAGAUACUGUGGUACUGGCCCAAGGUAAAAAAGGCAAAGAUGGAGAAUAUGAAGAUCUGCUCAAUUCCAGUUCCAUCUCCACUUUGCUGGAUGCACAGGGUUUCAGUGAUCUGGAGAAAAGUCCAUCACCCACUCCAGUAAUGGGAUCUCCCAGUCGUGACCCAUUUAACACAAGUGUUCCUGAAGAGUUCCAUACCACCAUCUUGCAAGUUUCCAUCCCUUCAUUAUUGCCAGCAACUAUAAGCAUGGAAACUUCUGAAAAAUCAAAGUUGACUCCUAAGCCAGAGACUUCAUUUGAAGAAAAUGAUGGAAAGAUAAUCCUUGGUGCCACUGUUGAUACCCAACUGUGUGAUAAUCUUUCAACUUCAAGUCUGCAGAAGUCCAGCAGCCUGGGCAAUCUGAAGAAAGAGACAUCUGACGGGGAAAAGGAAUCUAUUCAGAAGACAUCAGAGGACAGAGCUCCGGCAGAAAGCAGGCCAUUUGGGACCCUUCCUCCCAGACCCUCAGGGCAGGACACCUCCAUGGACGACAACCCCUUCGGCACUCGAAAAGUCAGAUCUUCCUUUGGCCGGGGCUUUUUUAAAAUCAAAAGUAACAAGAGAACAGCAAGUGCACCAAACUUGGAUCGUAAACGAAGUGCCAGUGCACCCACCUUAGCUGAAACAGAAAAAGAGACAGCAGAGCACCUAGAUCUGGCUGGUGCUUCUUCUCGGCCAAAAGAUUCACAGAGGAACAGUCCCUUCCAGAUACCACCUCCAUCUCCAGAUUCCAAAAAGAAAUCCAGAGGUAUCAUGAAACUCUUUGGAAAACUUAGGAGAAGUCAAUCAACUACAUUCAACCCAGAUGACAUGUCUGAGCCUGAAUUCAAAAGAGGAGGGACAAGGGCAACCGCGGGACCCCGACUGGGUUGGUCUCGAGACUUGGGACAGUCUAACAAUGACUUGGAUAUGCCAUUUGCCAAGUGGACCAAGGAGCAGGUUUGCAAUUGGCUGAUGGAACAGGGCUUGGGCUCCUACCUGAAUUCUGGCAAGCACUGGAUUGCAUCUGGCCAAACGCUUUUGCAGGCUUCUCAACAAGAUCUAGAGAAGGAACUUGGAAUCAAGCAUUCACUUCAUCGAAAGAAACUCCAGCUGGCACUCCAAGCCCUGGGAUCUGAAGAAGAAACCAAUCACGGGAAGCUGGAUUUCAACUGGGUCACUAGAUGGUUGGAUGACAUUGGCCUCCCUCAAUAUAAGACCCAGUUUGAUGAAGGCCGGGUUGAUGGUCGAAUGCUACAUUACAUGACUGUUGAUGAUUUACUGUCUUUGAAGGUUGUGAGUGUGCUACACCACCUCAGUAUCAAAAGGGCCAUCCAGGUCCUGAGGAUCAAUAACUUUGAACCAAACUGUCUACGGAGGCGGCCAUCUGAUGAGAAUACCAUCGCCCCCUCAGAAGUUCAGAAGUGGACUAACCAUCGAGUGAUGGAGUGGCUGCGCUCCGUGGACUUGGCAGAAUAUGCCCCCAAUCUCAGAGGCAGCGGUGUCCAUGGUGGGCUCAUGGUUCUAGAGCCUCGUUUUAAUGUAGAAACAAUGGCUCAGUUGUUGAACAUCCCACCCAAUAAGACUUUGCUGCGAAGACAUUUGGCCACUCAUUUCAACCUUCUGAUUGGGGCUGAGGCACAGCACCAGAAGCGAGAUGCCAUGGAGCUGCCGGAUUAUGUACUUCUAACAGCUACUGCCAAAGUGAAGCCAAAGAAGCUUGCCUUUAGCAAUUUUGGGAAUUUGAGAAAGAAGAAACAGGAAGAUGGUGAAGAAUAUGUUUGUCCAAUGGAAUUGGGACAGGUAUCAGGAAGUGCAUCUAAGAAAGGAUUUAAACCUGGUUUGGAUAUGCGCCUGUAUGAGGAAGAUGAUUUGGACCGAUUAGAGCAGAUGGAAGAUUCAGAAGGGACAGUGAGACAGAUAGGUGCAUUCUCCGAAGGCAUCAACAAUCUGACACACAUGUUAAAGGAAGAUGACAUGUUUAAAGAUUUUGCUGCCCGUUCCCCCAGUGCCAGCAUUACAGAUGAAGACUCAAACGUUUGACCGUAGCACCUGGAGGAACAUUAGGAAUGCUUAGUCUUUUUUCUACUUUCUUUUCCAAACACUCACAGUAUAUACAACAGGCAGCGGAUUGUCUAUUGUUUGUUGUUCCAACUUCUGCUGUUGAGAAGUUUAAACAGGAAGCAGGAGUAAUGUGCCGAUUCCGAAGUGGCCACAAAAAAAUAAGACACUGGUGAAUGAGAGUAUAAUUGUUUUUCUUCUAUUUAAUGUAAAAAUCUGUGAUAUAUUAUAUUUAAAGUGUUGCAUUUAAGAUGA